UACGUCUCUGGUAGCAGCAGCGACCUGUCAAUCACAGUAAGCCCGCCCUAAAGCAUACUCUGCUUUAUGGUCUUUAUGGAAGCCACCGAUACCCCCCAGAUAUGAGUUUGUCUUACAAGGAGGAUGUAUUGGGACAUUUCCUGAUAUUAUGUAUCCUUCCAGACCUCGUGACACUCAGAUGACCUGGCUGACUUCAUACUUCAUCCUCGUGAGCAGGCGGAGAAUGUGAAGAAAACCACCGUUUUACCGUAAAGAGAGAGAUUUGAUAUCUUUGCAAACAGUAAGCUGCUACUGUCCAAGAACAGGACAAGAUAAGACGGCAUAGACGCUUCUGCAGGACCCUGUUUUUGCACCACUUCAAAAAAUGUGUAACUCACUCUCUCUUUCUGUCUCUCUCACUCUCACACACACACACGCACACACACAGUCUUAACGAGGUUUCUCCUCUGUCCUUUGCACAUUUUGCGCCUGUCUUUCAUUCGUUCGACUGUGCCGUGAGUCGGGCUGCAGAAACUGCCGCCACAAGGACGUUCCUGAGCUGUUCAUCCACGCUGUCUUCUAGUUGUUGGAAAAAACUAGAAGAAUGAAAUGCUACUUUUUUUUUAGGUCCGUUGGGGCGCUUCGCGUGCACAGAUUCCUCUUUGUUCCUCACACCUGCGCCUCAUAUUGUGACUACGUGCCGUGAGCCUGACCGUGACGGCAGUGACCGGAGAAGAGAAUAAGUGGAGCUGCUUCGCUGUCAAGGAUUUUCUGCAGAAUGUCGUCAGCGUGCUAGUUUGGUGACUUACUGAUGUUUUGUUUGUUUAAGGUUGCAUGUUGACCAUGACACAAUGUAACAUUACAUCCUGAAGAAGGGACGAAUAAAAAUAUACUCGGUACGUCUGUCUUCAUCUAAUGUCAUUGAACUGUGCGGGUUUUCCUUCUCUUACAAUCGUCCGCUUUGUGCGACUUAUUCCAGGAGGAAAGCUUUUCUUUUUGCCAGAACUUCAACUUUUUCUUUCACAACCAAAACUGUCGCAGAACUCACUUUGCCUUUUGAAGGAAAGUCAAAGAGGUGAUUUGGUCGGUCGUGAGUGAUUGCCGGUCAUUACCAAAGCUGUUCUAACGUAUAACCCAACCUUGUUUCCAACUGUGCCGCAACUCCGGCCACAAAAUAUCCCCAAAUCAGUCGGCGGGCCUUGUGUGUUCACUCUGUGCCUCUGGCUGCACUUUAUACAAGACCGUUGGAUGAUUUAUGUAUUCAGACAUUUAUUAUUUAUAUAUCUAAGCACUUGCGUAGUGUUUAAUGCAGGCUCUGAGUUCUCAAAUGCAAGGCUUAGAAAUGUGACAUCGUCUCGGUACACAGAUUUUUCAUACAAAUCAUGCAAAUCUGAUAUGGAGAUAUGUUUUUGUAAUUGGAGUUCUGUUUAUUUAAUUCUUGCUGGCAUUAGAAAGUUCUUUGACUUGGAGAAACUUGCAGAACUCUGAAAUUGGGACUGCUGAUGCCACAUAAAUGCAAAUUAGCAGAUGACGUCCCGUUCGCCCUCAGGACAGGAGCAACAUUUUUAAAUCGUGAAAGAAGAAAUCUGCUAGCUGGCAUUCUGUAAGGAAUCCCACACACCCCUGUUUUUAACAAAGGAUGUAACAUUGGAAAAUGUCUCUUCAGUGAUGCUCGUACCGAACUCCGUGGCACAAGAAGCCGAGCGGUUCAACACCAUCACAAGCUGCUUCCUUGAGUCUGCUGCAGGCCGUUUGACUUUUCCUCCUGUCAAUCUCCUUCUGUUCGCUCACGAAGCCCUCCAUAACCACACACACCCACCCUCUCCACUGCUGAGCUCCUUCUCCCAGCCUCCACGCUUCGUGACACCCGCCUCUUGUCCACCAUCCAGGCUCGAGCACCGGACCGGCGGUGAGGUUUCCAUGACCAGCCCUCCCUCUGGACCACACUCCCCUGAAAACAUCCAGCCUCGCUAUGUCUCCUAAAGCUCACCUAUUCAGAGCUGCUUUACUCUGUGGUGCCAGUGUGAGGGAGACUCGUGCUGAGCCUGGGACUGCAGCAGCAACGGGACAAAAGACAUAAGAGGAGAAAGAGAGGAAAACCCACCACCACCACCACCACCAGCAAAAGAGCUCGGAGAGUCGGAGGAGCCGGCGUGUUGAUUAGAGGAGAGUUUAGGAGACAAACCUGACUGUGAAGGAGACAGAGGCAGACUGAGAGGUAUACAGAUUAUUAGCCUGCAGCAAGACACGUUGUAAAAAGUGAGAGAGGGCCAAAAAUUCAUGUUACAGGCCGUGGCUGCAGGACUGCUGCUGGGAGGAUAGGGAUCAACCACACCCACGCUGCAACUUCCUACACCUUCAUCCGUCCUCUCCUAACCCGAAUCAGUGUCUCAAAACCUACACAAACCCCUCCAUCCCCUCCUUUAGUGCUCCUCUUUCUUUUUGGCCAUCACCACGUUGCUCUGCAGAAACGACAGUUCAAUCAUCACACGGACUAGUUAACCGGUCCGCUCUCAGAGCUCCAGAGUGACUGAAGCGACGGUCGCCCGUUGCGGAGCUCGACAGACAGCGGCCUCCCGUUCCCUCUCACAUGGACUGUUGAUGAAGAAAGAUGGCAGUGAGACCGGCAGGCGCCGCCCCUUCCUCUCGGCCACCCUCCCUCCCCCCAGCGGCCGUGGCUCGGACCGGUUGAGGUUUGUCCGUUGGCAUCCAUCGCAGCAUCGGCAGCAGCUUGGCAGAGUGCGGGAAGGAGCAGUAUGCAGGAAACUGACUUACCGGCCACAAACGCCUUUAAAGAGUGCAAGUUCCACUGCACCAAUGGGAAUUGUUUGCGUCUGGGCUCGCUGAUCUGCAACCAGCUGAAUAACUGCGGGGACAACAGCGAUGAGGAGAACUGCCCCGUGGUCACCCAGCACCCUCCGCCGGGCAUCUUCAACUCUGAACUGGAGUUUGUUCAGAUCGUCAUCAUCAUCGUGGUGAUGACAGUGAUGGUGGUGGUGAUCAUCUGCCUGCUCAACCACUACAAGCUCUCCACCUGGUCCUUCAUAACACGGCAGAGCCAGGCCCGCAGGCACGACCAUGCCCUGCAGCAGGACGGGUGUCUGUGGCCUUCAGACAGCAGCUCUCGACAAGGUGCCUCGGAGGUGUUAUAUGCUCCCCAGGCCAGGGAUCGCUUCACCGCUCCCUCCUUCAUGCAGCGCGACCGCUUCAGUCGCUUCCAGCCCACCUACCCCUACCUGCAGCACCAGAUCGACCUGCCGCCCACCAUCUCGCUGUCGGAUGGCGAGGAGCCGCCGCCCUAUCAGGGGCCCUGCACCCUGCAGCUCCGCGACCCCGAGCAGCAGAUGGAGCUCAACCGGGAGUCGGUGAGGGCGCCGCCCAACCGGACCAUCUACGACAGUGACUUGAUCGACAUGGGGGGCGGCGGCGGUGGUCUGGCAGGGGUGGGGGGAGGUGGGGGUGGAAUAGGAGGAGGCGGCCCGAGGCCGCCGAGCAGUAACUCGGGCAUUAGUGCGGCCAACUCCAGCAGCCACGGGCGCAUGGAGGGCCCCCCGCCGGCGUACAGCGAGGUGAUGGGCCACUACCCCGGCUCGGCGUUCUUUCUACACCAGCACAGCAAUAACCAGAGGGUGGGGGGGCCGGGGAGUAGGACGAUCCAGCAGCAGAGCCAAUCAGAAAGCACAAUAGUACCUGCCAAGGCCAAGGACGGCCAACCGGAGGACCUGGUGUGAAGAGAAGGGUCGGGGGCAGGUGGGGGCCUCCCACCCCUGACUGAAAGCUGUCUCUCUAUCGCGCUCUCUCUCUCUCCGUCUCUCUCAUGUCCGCUCUCCACACUCCCAUGCACAACUAAAUAUCAACCAUAGCUACAACAAAACAAGGAAAAAGGAACCAAGAGUUGAUUUCCUUUCAGUGUUUUUUCCAAUGUAAGUCAUCCGAACAGCUGGCACUGCUGGGGCAGGAUGUAUGCACUGCAUGGAGAGCUUUUUUAGAAAGAAACUGCUAGCACAGAUUGAAACAAUUUGAGCUUUUUUUUUUCUUUUCGUCCCCUCGAGCGACAGCUCUGUCCCCGUGGAACUAAGGAUGAUGUUUAUUUCAUAUAUUUUUUUAUUUUUUCUGGACCGGGAUCUGUGCACAAAGCGAGAACUGAGAAUCAAGGACUUACAGAGAAAACGACAAAACAAGAGACUCACAAACCCAAAUCUUAGUGCCAAGGUCCACGAGGAAGCAAAGUGUGCGGGGUGGGGGGGAGUGGUGUGUGACUCCUAACAUUCAAAACACACACAAAAAAAAGAAAAGUUACCUAAAAGUUGCACUAUCUUUUUGUUGUAAAAGAGAAGAGGGAAAUGAUGCUAUGUGAUGAUAAUGAUGUGUCCUUUUUUUUCUUUUCUUUUUUUUUUUCGUCCUUUUCAUGAAUGGAUCGACUGACUGAACUUUGCCUCCAAAGUCAUUUAAACUGUUGGGAGCAAAAAACAAAACCAACAACAAGUAUUAUAAGCUUAUGUCCUUCCGUUUUUUGAAAACGGCAAGAAAUACUCGUACCCAGCCUACAACUCUGUCUGCUUACACCACAGGCACAGUGAGACUUAGUAAGAGAACAACCUUGUACCGCUCACGUCCAAGGAAGAACUGCCCGGUGACCAGCCGCUGGGUGGACGGGACAUUUCCUACUUCCUCUGGUGGUUUGUUACAAGAUUUGGAGAUGUGUUUUUCCAAACCAGAGUAGUUCCUAAGCUCAACUGCUUGGAGAGAUCCGACACGCUCCGUGCUAACGAAUCAAGUUAACCAAGAAUAACAUAACUCAAUAAAAAUAAUCAUUUCAAAGAACAUAUCUUAAGUGUCCAUCCAGCAGCGCGGUCACAGCAGAUCCUUCAACUCUGUCCCCCGACCUCUGAGCACCUUGACACUUCCUCUUUCCUGCGUCCCCCGUCCCCCCCCAUAUCUUCUCCCACCGCUCAUCUCUACAUGCACAGUUCAUUCUGCCAACAGCCACACUGAACACGAACCCCCUGCCGCCAUGACAACGAAACAAAAAACGGAAGGAUCGGCUCUCCGUCUUCACAUUUCUAAAGACACACACACACGCAUAAAACAUACAAAUAAAACCGACACAAAGGGAAGAUUCCUGUCUGCAUCCGCCAGCACAGCGAUCAGGUCCUAGAUGAGGAACUGUCUGGUCGAAGUCAAAGGGCUAUGGGAUGGGUC